AGGGCACCAAAUUUGACUGAUCACGGAACCACGGUACACUGCUGAAGGACCGCUGCCUGAGUGGGAAACGGGCUUUUGUGGAUAUGUUUCUGUUUUAUUUAUAUUCCAUUUUACUAUCAGUCUAUCAAGAUCGAGGUCCUGAAAUUUGCAGCUUUAUCAACGUACAAAGCGUGUGUUUAGACCAGCUGACUUGACUGAAUAAGCCAGGUGUCCGAGAUAAUUUGCCCCUCUUCUGUUCUGAACAAUUCCUCGGUCCAACAAUGUCAACUUGCCUGAGGUUAACCUCAAGAAUUCACCACCUUCAAGCUGUUGCGAUUCCCUCACAGACGGUUUGGCCACGCACCCGCAGUUUCGCACAUCGGACUCAACAUGUCAGCACCGGAGUACCCGCACGAAGUGACUUUUUCAAAAACCUAGAACUUCACUUGAAGACGAUGCAAGACAAGGCAGCGGCUGCUCUCCCAGGCAGUGACUGGAUGCCCUUUGAGAUGACCCCUGGUCUCCCCCCAGAGAGGGUGGAUAUCUUGAUUGUUGGUGGGGGCGUUGUGGGAUGGUCGAUAGCUUACUGGCUAAAGAGGACAAAACCACGGGAUGCUUUGCGAGUGCUGGUUGUGGAGAAGGACCCUACAUAUUCCCAGGCCUCUACUGUGUUGUCAGCGGGAGGAAUUCGGCAGCAGUUUUCUUUGGCAGAGAACAUUCAACUGUCUUUAGCCUCGGCUGACUUCCUGAAGAAUAUCAAUGAUCAUCUUGGUGUACUCAACGAGGAUCCUGUGGACUUGCAGUUCAACCACUCAGGGUACCUCUUCCUAGCAAGUGAAAAGGGUGCUCAUAUUAUGGAAGCAAACUAUGCGACCCAAAGGCAUGCUGGCGCCAAGGUCCAACUCCUGUCUCCAACACAACUCAAAGGCAUGUUUCCAUGGAUCAAUACUGAUGGAGUGGCACUAGCCUCUUAUGGGCUUGAGAAUGAAGGCUGGUUUGACCCUUGGACACUCCUCAACGCUUUCAGACGCAAAGCUUUGUCAAUGGGCGUUGAACAGUCCUUUGGAGAAGUCAAAGGUUUUAAUCACAGAGUUCAUUCAGUAGAGAGCAAAGAGUUCGGGCGGCUCCACAUCAAAAGGAUAACACAUGCAAAUGUGCAGAUGCCGAACAGUAUGGAAAUCCAGCCUGUAGAGUGUACUGUGGUGAUCAAUGCAGCAGGUGCCAACUCUGGAACAGUAGCAGAAAUGGUGGGUAUUGGCUCUGGCCCUCACGCAAUGGAGGCAGGCACUCCCAUACCAGUGGAGCCCAGAAAGAGAUACAUCUAUGUAGUGCACAGUCCACACGGGCCAGGACUGGACACCCCUUUCUUAAUCGAUUACUCAGGAGUGUACUUCAGAAGAGAGGGGCUUGGAGGGAACUACAUCACAGGCCUGUCCCCUGAGGAGGUAGAGGAGCCAGACAGCACAAACCUUGAUGUUGACCAUGAUUUCUUCCAAGAAAAAAUCUGGCCUAACUUGGCCCAUCGUGUUCCUGCUUUUGAAUGUUUAAAGGUUACAAGUGCGUGGGCUGGGUUUUAUGACUACAACACCUUUGAUCAGAACGGCUUAUUGGGAAUCCAUCCUCAGGUCCGAAAUAUGUACUUUGCCACUGGAUUUAGUGGCCAUGGGCUGCAGCAGUCUCCAGCCAUUGGUCGUGCCGUGGCGGAGCUUAUUCUAGAAGGAAGCUACCAAACUCUGGAUCUCAGUGCCCUUGACAUUAAGAGGAUUCUUCAUGAGGAGCCCCUGUUGGAGGAGAACAUUGUAUGAGGGGAAUGUGGUAUAAAAACAUGUUUCAAAACCAAAUUGAAACACAUAUUUUUUAAGCAGUGGAUAAGUCUUGCUUUGAAACCAGGCUAUAUACUUAAUAAAAACAUAUCUGCUCUUGUUUUUAUCCAUCAAA